GGUAUGAGGCACCACUGAUUUAUUUGGUUUGACUGCACUCCGGCCGCUCUGCCUCAUUAGCCAAUCACUGCGCUUACCGAGGGAAGAAAAGUAGGCUGUGUCCCUCCUCCUGAUCUCUCGCUCCCGGGUCGUUGUAUGUGCCGCUAGCAUCCGAGCACAGAUCCGGCGUCUUCACCGCGGUCGAGCCGAUCGUUCGUGGGCGGUGUUUAUUGCUGCAACCAGAGCAUUGAUUGCCGUGUGUGUAUGGAUGGCAGCUUGACGAACCAGCGGUGAGCGUAUUGUUUUUCUCUUUGAAGUAGUGGCUCUAGCAUUCUAUUUAGCUGUAGUUGUAACUGUAUCAAAAUGGAAGGAGAGCUACAAGAGUUGAGGGAUUUGGUGGCACAAUUGAGGGCAGAGAAUGACAGAUUGCAGCUGGAGCAGGCUGUUCCCGUGCCUGGUCCUAGUGCUGCACCUGCUAUUCCUGCUGAACCUCUCCUCACACCGUCCACUUCUACCGCUCAUGUAACCGAGCGACUGGUCCUUGUACCCAGAGAUAGAAAGUGCCCAGCGUUUAGGGGUAGAUCAGGUAUAGGGCUAGAUGAGUGGAUUGAGGAAGCUCAGGCUUGCAUGAGGGCUCGCCACCUGUCCACACUUGAUCAGGCAUUCUUUCUUUUUGACCAUUUAGAGGGAGAGGCGCGUGAAGAAAUAAAAUAUCGCUCGACUGCUGAUAGAAGUGACCCAGCCAAAAUUAUUGUGGUAUUGCGAGAGCUGUAUGGUUGCACUGAUUCGUACGUUGCCUUACAGGAGGCGUUUUUCUCGAGGCGACAACAGGAUGGGGAGACUCUGCAAGAGUUCUCCCUCGCGUUAAUGAGUUUGAUGUCUGUGGUGAAGCAAAGUGCUCCAAGCGAGAUGUUAAAUGCAGAUGUUCUGCUGCGCGAUCAGUUUAUCGAAAACGUCAUUGAUGGUUCCCUUCGUCGAGAAUUAAAACAAUUAGUACGCAGGCAGCCUACUGUCUCUCUGCUGGAUGCUAGGGCGGAGGCAAUUAGGUGGGAGCGAGAGGGAUUACCAGGGGGUGUGCGUGGCCGGAGCCACUCAGUUCCUUUGUUGAUGGGCUUGCAGUGUGGCGUCCAGACUGCUUCUUUAGUGGCUAGUCCACCCCAGGCUUCAGAGUUGCAGGAGGUGAAACAAAUGUUGAAGCUCCAACAGGAACAGCUUAAACAUCUUACUGAAACUCUUGCUCAGCUGCAGAUCAGUCAGCAGCGUAACUAUUCUUACCGUGAUCCGGUAAUCUGCCGGCGGUGUCAACAGCCUGGCCACUUUGCCAGGGAGUGCAGAGGAGAGCGUGUCCCUCCUCAACCUUCAGUGUCUGCUUCCAGCCGACCAGUCUCUCGGCGGGAUCCAGCUCAGCAUUCGGGAAACUAGCGCCCGUCGAACUGCGGAGUCAAAGUUCGGGGGGAGUUGCCACUGGCUCACCUGUCUUGUGGGGGGAUCGGAGAGAAGCUAAGCUAAUCAGCACUUGUCCACACCUGGAUGUGGUUAUGGGGGGAGUAACAGUUCCUUGUUUAGUGGACACUGGGUCCAUGGUGUCCACGGUCAGAGAAAGCUUUUUUCGGCAAUACUUUGAGACUUGGGACCAAGAGAAACUUAAAUCUUGCCAUUGGCUUCAGCUUCAAGCUGCCAAUGGAUUGCCCAUCCCAUACCUCGGUUACUUGGAACUCGAAGUCGAGCUCUGUGGUAGGAUUUUGCCAGGGUGUGGGUUAUUGGUGGUCAAGGACCCUCCAGCUGAUGCAUCUCCUCCUGCCCCGGGUGUCUUGGGGAUGAACAUUUUACGAAGGUGCUACAGCACCUUGUUUGGGCAACAUGGCUCUGCCCUGUUUAAGUUAGCCACCGUCACUGAAGCACCAAAGUCAGUGGUGCAGGCAUUGCAGAGGUGCCAUCAAGCCUCUCUGACUUCCUCUUCUGAUGCUAUUGGCAAGGUUAAGCUGCGAGGCAAGAAAGCUUUCCGCAUCUUUGGUGGCACCAUGCAGCUCGUUCCAGCCACCUGUUCUGCACAGCAUUCUGGGACUACUGUGCUCUUUGAGCCCUUAGAUCGGGGUCUCCCCGCUGGACUGCUUGCAUCUCCAGCACUGGUUCGAGUUGAGGGAGGUACUGUGUAUAUACCUGUUGUGAAUGUGGGAACAUCUGAUGUGCUGCUUUACCCUCGUACAGAGGUUGGUGCAUUGCGUGAAGUUUGUGUGGUGAGCUUACCUUCUGGUAUUGAGGAGGUUCCAUCUUAUCUGGCCACCGUUGCAUCCCAAGCUGUGGUUCCCACACUGCAAGACCAAAUAGAUGUGGUUGAUCUAUCUGCUUUGCCAGCCGAAGAACAGAAGGAAGCCAGACAUCUUCUUUGGAAAUAUGCUUCUGUCUUUUCCGCUCACGAUGGAGACCUGGGGUGCACCAACCUGAUAGCACAUGAAAUACCUCUUCUUGACGACACUCCCAUCCGUCAACGCUAUCGACGUAUUCCGCCAUCAGAAUACGAAGUGGUCAAGGAGCACAUUAAUCAGUUGCUUGGUGCACAGGUUAUCAGGGAAAGUUGUAGUCCGUUUGCUUCGCCGAUUGUGCUGGUUAAAAAGAAGGAUGGUAGUCUGCGCUUGUGCGUAGACUAUCGGCAGCUUAACCACCGCACUCGAAAAGAUGCAUUUCCUCUCCCUCGGAUUGAGGAGUCGUUGGAUGCACUCACAGGAGCCCAAUGGUUUUCCACUCUGGAUUUAGCCAGUGGCUACAAUCAGGUCCCAGUGGCAGAGGCUGACCGACCCAAGACAGCGUUUUGCACUCCUUUCGGACUCUUUGAAUGGAACCGCAUGCCCUUUGGGUUGUGUAAUGCGCCCAGCACUUUCCAGCGACUUAUGCAGCGUGUUUUUGGAGAUCAGCAGUGUCAGUCGCUGCUCUUGUACCUGGAUGACAUUGUUGUUUUCUCAUCUUCCUUUCGACAACAUCUUGAGAGACUGGAAGUGGUACUGCAGCGCUUACAACACGAGGGCCUGAAGGCCAAGUUGUCAAAGUGCUCCUUUUUCCAACAGGAGGUGCGUUACUUGGGCCACAUUAUUUCGGCCGAAGGUGUUUCCACCGACCCGAGCAAGCUUGAGGUGGUGGCCAACUGGCAGCCUCCCACCACCAUCUUGGCGCUGCGGUCCUUUCUCGGGUUCGCAAGCUACUAUCGUCGUUUUGUGAAAGGCUUUGCCAAGUUGGCUGCCCCUCUCCAUCGCCUCGUAGCUGAACUUGUGGGGUCCAAGUCUAGACGGUCUGAACCAGUCGUGGACAAAUGGACAGGAGAACAUCAGCGGAGUUUUGAAGCACUAAAAUCUAAGCUCACCACCGCACCUGUGCUGGCAUACGCUGACUUCUCCCUUCCUUUUAUCUUGGAGGUUGACGCAAGCCAUGGAGGCCUGGGCGCAGUGCUUUCCCAAGAGCAAGAAGGAAAAGUGCGGCCCAUAGCCUUUGCCAGUCGUAGCUUAAGGCCGACUGAACGCAAUCCUGUCAAUUAUAGCUCCAUGAAGCUGGAGUUUCUGGCACUAAAAUGGGCUAUGGCUGAUAAAUUUCGUGAAUACUUGCUUGGCCACAAAUGUCUUGUUUUCACAGACAAUAACCCGCUUAGCCAUCUAUCAUCGGCGAAGCUUGGAGCCCUGGAGCAGCGUUGGGCAGCCCAACUCGCGUCAUUUAACUUUGAGAUCCGUUACCGUUCUGGCAAGAGUAACACAAAUGCAGAUGCUCUGUCUCGCUUGCAUCCUCCCAGAACCACGGACCUUGAGACCCUUGUCUCUGGUACAUCACUUCCUCAGCCAUUGCAACAGGCUCUCCAGGCCAGUGGGCCUACAGCCUAUCAGGCUGCUGUUCAGGCCUUGCCUCCGCAUCUGCCUGCAGAUAUUGGAGAACUUCAGCGAGCUGAUCCUGUGACCCAGGAAGUUCUUGUGUUUUGGCGGCAGAAACGAUACCCGAAUUAUGACGAGCGGAAGCAGUUCUCUCCACCAGCCUUGGUGCUUCUUAAGCAGUGGGAGCGAUUGGUUGAACGGGCCGGAUUGGUGUACCGGCAGGUCUCUCGCUCUGACGGGGGAGAACUGGUUUUCCAGGUACUUUUGCCAGCUGCUCUGAGGGACAAAGUCCUCAUGGAGGUCCACCAAAAUCACGGGCACCAGGGGGUGGGCAGGACUUUGGAAUUGCUCAGGCAGCGGUGCUACUGGCCAGGGAUGUCGUCUGAUGUGAAGCGCUGGUGUCAAACCUGCGAGCGGUGUCAAGUGGCUAAGGACUCUGGGCCACCUGUUCGUAGCUUCAUGGGACAUCUGCUUGCUUCAGAGCCUAAUGAAAUCCUGGCAAUGGAUUUCACCAUGCUUGAACCAACCCAUAACGGGCUGGAGAAUGUCCUUGUGCUGACAGAUGUUUUCAGCAAAUAUACACUUGCCAUUCCCACUCGUGACCAGCGUGCCUCUACAGUGGCACAAGUUCUCGUCACGGAGUGGUUUUCGAAGUUUGGUGUUCCAGCACGCAUUCAUUCCGAUCAGGGUCGCAAUUUCGAAAGUGCACUCAUUCGACAGUUGUGCGGUCUUUACAACAUCGAAAAAUCUCGCACCACACCGUACCAUCCGGCAGGUAAUGGUCAGUGUGAGCGUUUUAAUCGCACUCUUCAUGACUUGCUGCGUACUUUGCCUCCCUCUAGAAAGCGUGACUGGCACUCCUGUCUACCUCAGAUACUGUAUGCCUAUAACACCACACCGCAUCAAUCUACUGGGGAAUCUCCGUUUUUCCUCAUGUUUGGUCGUGAGGCAAGGCUCCCUGUUGACUUUUUGCUGGGAAGAGUGCAGGAUCCUGUUGAUGGGACAGUAAAUGACUGGGUCCGAGAGCAUCAGACCCGGUUACACGUGGCUUUUGACGGCGUCCGAGACCGGCUGAGGGAGGCAGCCCAACGCCGGAAGGAAAACCAUGAUCAAUCUGUCCGGUCAGAACCACUGGUGGUGGGCCAGUCAGUGAUUCUAAAGGAGUUUGGUUGGAAGGGUCGUCAUAAGAUCCAAGACAGGUGGAAUCCGGUGGUGCAUCGAGUGAUUAGAGCUCCCCCUGGCAAUGGUGCAGUGUAUACAGUUGCACCAGAGGAUGACCCUGCCAAAAUCAAACGGGUACAUCGAACGCUGCUUAAAGCCAUAGUUGGGAUGGCUGCUUCAGGCGACAACCCUGCUCUUCUUCCCAUCCCCCUUGGCUGUCCGGCAGUGUCUGAGAGCUCAUCUGACGAUGAGGACUUGAUGGCUGUGGUAAGGGAUCCCCUUCCCCCAUCACCUGAACACUCUGCUGGAGAAGCCCAACCGGCACCAGCAACACUCGUAGCUUCGACAGUCCCGUUGCACCCUGUUCUUUUGACUUCUUCAGUCUCUCCCUCUCCUGGGAGCAGUGACACCGCUGAGCUACGUGCAGUACCUUUACUCUCAGCACUUCCUGCCCACUCGACGGCACAGCCCCCUUUCCUAAGCGCCGCUCCCUUGGCCGUCCCUCAUUCAGGGAAUGAUGAAGUUGUCCGGCGACGGACCACUCGAUCUACCGCUGGACACCACUCAAACCUUCAUCACUUACCCAGGCCUGCCAACGAGGUUGCUCAGGAGGGGCCUUCAGCCGUUCAGUCAAGUGCUGUGUCUGCUUUCUUUAGACCGUGGUCAUAGAGUUGAGAUCUUUAAGUGCAUCGUCGGGUCGACGAUGAAAAUGGGGGGGGUGGAUUGUAGUGGUAUGAGGCACCACUGAUUUAUUUGGUUUGACUGCACUCCGGCCGCUCUGCCUCAUUAGCCAAUCACUGCGCUUACCGAGGGAAGAAAAGUAGGCUGUGUCCCUCCUCCUGAUCUCUCGCUCCCGGGUCGUUGUAUGUGCCGCUAGCAUCCGAGCACAGAUCCGGCGUCUUCACCGCGGUCGAGCCGAUCGUUCGUGGGCGGUGUUUAUUGCUGCAACCAGAGCAUUGGUGAGUGAUGACAGGCUUAUGUUGUUUGCUGCUGUAGCCAGGGGCUAAGCUCCUCUUCCGCUCCUCUCCCUCUAACAGUCUGCUGGUUGUGUGCUGCAUGGUGGCUGUCUUCCCUGCCACGACUGAUCUCUUCACCCCUCUCCCUCUUUGGACGGGAUGCUAAUGCACCCGGACUUAUAACUGUAACUGUAACGCUAAGGCUAGCGCUAAAGCUAACGCUAGCGCUAACGCCAACGCCAGGUGUAAACACAGCUGAUUAACUACGGCUAUUUGGCCGCUGCUUCGCCGCUGCUUCGCCGCUGUUUCGCCGCUGCUUCGCCGCUGUUCUGCCGCUCUGUGACUGUUGCUCCGACGGCCUGGUUCCGAUCCGGUCGACCGCCUGUGGUCAACCUGUUUACCGUUGCUACGUGUGAUUGCAUUGUGUGUGCGUGUAUGUGUGACUGUAACUCGUACUGGAUGCUACGAGUCUGCCCGAACUCUCAGUCACUCGCUAUAAGAUUGUGAACUGUGUGUGUGUGUGUGUGUGUGUGUUUUAAGUGUAAUCCGGCAAGGUUUGGUUGAAUUGUUUAUUUAUUUACUCUUUGUUUAAUGGUUGAACUUAUGUUAAUAUGAUUCAUUUGAGUUAAAACUGUCAAACUGGUUAAUUGUUGAGUUUAUCUCUGGCCAGAGACUCUUUUGUUUCUUGUGUUUGGUUGAUUUAUUACUAUAAUUUAACAUUUUUCAGUUUAUCAAUUGAUCAUUUACAUUUGGUUCCUUAAAUUUGAGCCCGUUUAAUUGUGUUUUCCUCUCCCCUUAGCGCUGAAGGCCGACGGUGGUGGUGGUGGUUCUCCUGGGUGGUGGUGGUCCUGUGUGCUGUGUGAUCCCUUUUUAAGAUUUUCUUUGUUUACACGUCACCUUUUGCUGUGUGUGUGUGGGGUGUCCUCCUUUUUCUUUUGGAUGUCACUUCCCCUACCAAACCCCUCCUCCAGCCGGUAAGCCUCAGACUACAUCCCCUUUUUAUUUGGGCUCUCUUUUCUUUUUUUGUUACAGUGUCAAUCUCAUGAUUGUUUUAAUAAUAAAUCGUUAGUAUGAUCAUUGAA